AUGAAUUUUAAUUCCACAAAAAGCCAGAUCCUGCCAUAUACCAAAGGCUUGACGGGCGUCAACCUGUGGCUCAACAAUAUCACUAGGUAAAUUGGAAACCUUAACCUUUUUCUCCGCACACUUCUAAUUGGGAUUGAUGUAGUGAGGUUCUUUACGCUUCUUUGGUGUUGAUUGCAUUACUUAUUCUUAUACUACGAGCCGCGGAAAAGGGACAAGCACAUCUCCGAUUUCUCUCGACUCUCACACUUAUAAAUGACCAACAAAGGUACUGGAAGCACAGUCCUGGCGACUUCUGGCCAAAAGUCAAAAGAUGUCUGCUCACAGCUCCUCUCUUUCACAAAAGGCACAACAAGGAAAUACAGAUCUCGUCAACGACAAAUAUUGGGACUCUACCUUCAAGAUUUCAUGCCAUAUUCCUUGCGUUCUAUUUCCUCAGUAACGUCGUCUACUGCUGCCUGCUCGAUUAUAAUCAACCCAAGGCAGCGCUGUUUGCGGAGGCCCGAGGGAGAACCGGUCAUUUGGCUGUUGUUAACAUGGCCUCUCUGUUUAUAUUCGCUGCUAGGAACAACCCUUUAGUACCCAUACUGGGAAUUCCGUUCGACACAUUCAAUUUGCUCCAUCGCUGGGUUGGGCGAAUUGUGGUUUUUGAAGCACUUGCUCAUACCUUUUUUUGGGGCGCUAACAAUUAUAACGCAUGGGGAUUACAUGGGCUUGCUUCUCAUAUUCGCGCAGAUUUGUUUCUGAUAUACGGUCUUCUAGCGAUGGUUGCCAUGGUUACUCUAUUGUUUCAGUCGAUCUCGGUUAUUCGACACGCAUUUUAUGAGUCUUUUCUUCAUCUGCACCAAUUAUUGGUUGUCAUUAUUCUCAUAAGCAUUCUGUUACAUUGCACGAUACAGGAGCUUCCGCAAAAACCGUUCAUCUACAUUCUCAUAUCUUUCUGGGCACUGGAACGUCUGACGCGUCUCAUUCGAAUCUUCUGUCGGCGCGGGGCCACUGUACAGAUCGAGGCUUUGGCGGGUGGAGCUUGCCGAGUUACAUUUGAUGUUCGUGGCAAAUGGACCAAAUCACCAGGUUGCCACAUCUAUGCUUAUAUUCCAGGCGUAUCAUUUUGGAUGUCACACCCAUUCAGUGUUGCCUGGGUUGAUGAUAGAGCACCCAGCGAUCUUGAACCGGGUGAUCGUAACUCAUCUUUUACCGACACGGAAGCUGACUUCAAACCCGUGGGGAAAAGUAAGAGAAGUUUGGUGUCAUGUGUUAUCGCGAAAAGAACCGGCAUGACAGCCGCACUUUACCAUCAAGCGAGGCAAUCGCCAACUGGUAUCAUAAAACUGCGUGCCUUUGUGGAAGGGCCGUAUGGUGGGCUGGAGAAUAUGAGAUCGUAUGGAACAGUGGUACUUUUUGCUGGUGGCGUGGGGAUAACACACCAAGUUAGCCACGUUCGCGAUCUCGUAAAUGGAUUCGCUGAUGGCACUUGCUCUACGAGGAAGGUCGUUCUGAUAUGGUCCGUUCGAUCGGCCGAGCAAUUGGAAUGGAUUAGCCCAUGGCUGGAAGAGCUUUCAACAAUUUCGAAGAGAGGCUGUGAACUCAUUGUGCUGCAAUAUGUAACAAGGCCCUCUCCUGAUUUGGACGAUUCUUCAGAAGAUCUUGCGGACAAGGCAGAAGUGAUGUCGGAGGGAGUAAGAGAGGUUAAUCACCGUAAGACUUUCUGCAUCGGGAGGCCAAAUGUAGUCGAGAUCCUGAGCAGGCAGUUUGAGGAACGUGUCGGUGCUAUGAGUGUGGGUGUCUGUGGGCCAGGAGCUCUUGCUGACGAUGUCAGAGCUGCAGCUAGAAACCUCAUGGGGAGGGGAAACGUCGAUUUUUGGGAAGAGGCAUUUACUUGGUGA